GUUUUAAUUGACUGCUUUUGCCGUGGUAGCCACUUCUUUUGUGUUUGUCGGCGCAUUCAUUAUGAUGAAUUGAUAGCUUAUUGGAUGAUGGAAGGAUAUCUUGGUCAAAUCAAUUGUAUGGAAGAGGCUUAUGAGAGAGGACAUCAAGUUUUGAUGGAGCUUAUAGAUUGUCAGAUUCUGAAAAUAGUGGAGGCUGAUUGUGUUACAAUGGAAGGACUAGCGCCGAAUUUGGAUGAUAUUGUAAUGGAAAGGGCAAUAAUGAACUUCGACGACUGUUACCGUUGUGGUUUUGGGGGCACAGCCAGUCUGGGAUUAGCUAAUGUGCUUGGGUAUGGGAAUUGGCAGGGCCUUGGGAGAAUCACUCUGAAGGAUGGUGGGAUGAAAACACUUCGGAGUCGCAAACAAGGUCAGAAAUUCUCUACUUUACUGCUUGAUGGGAAUUUUCUCAGCAGGGAAUUUCCUCGUAAUUUCUUUCAGUCCAACCAAGAACUCCAAGUUCUUGCCCUUUUUAACCCUCCAUUGAAGACAUUCUCUCCUUCCUCAUCUAUGAUGCACAAACUUUGCAUACUUGUGCUCAGAGGCUGUCCUUUCAUGGAAAAGAUUGACAAGGUAGAGAGCACCCUAAAAUUUGAAAAAUUAACUGUUCUGGAGAUAUCUGGUCCAAACUCCUUGACGACAAUCCCUGAUGAGUUUUUUAAGCACCUGCCCCAACUUCAGAGCCUCAACCUAUCUGCACUUCAAAUUGAGUCAUUACCCUCAUCUCUUUAUGAACUCGGUGAACUAAGCUGGCUCAUCCUAAGAGACUGUUCUCACUUGAAAACUCUGAAAAGUUUGAGAAACUUUAAAAACCUCACGGUGCUAGAUCUUUCUGGUGCUACAUGUUUGGAAAGUAUCCAAGACAAAACUUUUUCGCAAAAUGGAAAACUUCAAAUGCUUAAUUUUUCCAAAACGAGGAUUAAAAGCAUACCAUUGAUUAAGAAUCUUAAAUAUCUCACGCAUCUCUUGCUAAGUGGCUGCCCAGAGUUGGUUCGACUGCGUGGCAUUAAUUCAGUAGCAAGUCUCCAAGUUCUUGAUCUUUCAAAUGCUAGUAAAUUUAAUGAGUUCCAUGAUAAAUCGCUAGAAAAUAAUGUGAGCCUUAAGAUUCUUGAUCUAUCAGGAACUGUACUUGAUCAUGGCAAUCCUCAUCAACUCAAUUCAAAAAAUUCCCCUCCAGAAAAAUCUCUAUUAUGCAUAGAGACACUUGGAGUCCUAGAAGUACUUGAUCUUUCAAAAACCCAUAUCCGAACACUGCCAUCCCUUUCCAAUCAUUUGAACCUUCGUCGACUAUUACUAUCCUCUUGUGCAUACCUGGAGGAGUUGGUAGACUUGAAUCCCCUUAAAAAACUGGAGGUGCUUGAUCUUUCUGGUUGCAUUGCUUUGACAGAACUACCCGAUGACAUGUUUGACCAGAUGUCUUGCCUAUGGAGACUUGAUCUUUCUGAAACUAAGAUCAAAUAUUUGCCAUCACUUUCAAAUCUUAGCAACCUUCGCCACCUCUUAGUGAAAAAAUGUACCGACCUGCAACUCCGUCUACAACUAAAGUCUCUAUCAAAACUUGAGGAGCUAAAUUUGUGUGGCAUUACCUCUUUGCGAGAGAUUGAUUUGUUGGGAAAUAUGAGUCACCUUCUGAUUCUUGACCUCUCUGAAACCCUGCUUCAACAAUUACCAUCCAUGUCAAACCUCAAAAACAUUCGCCAGCUUUAUCUAAGGGAUUGUCCGUGCUUGAAAGCAGUGCCCGGUUUGGAAGCAUUGACAAAGCUGGGAGUCCUGGAUCUGUCUGGAACUGCAAUUGAUCAUCUUCCAUCGCUAAAGAACUUUAGCAACCUCCGGCAGCUUCUGCUUAGAGAUUGUCCAGGCUUACAAGAGUUUCUGCAACUUGAAUUGCUUCAUCUACUCCAGGGCACUGUUAAAGAUCUUCCCAAUGGGAUCUCAGAAUUGACUCAUCUUGAGCUCCUUGAUCUGCCGAACAUGAAGAAUACUCAAGGAGCUGGCAGCAACAAGUUAAAGGAGCCAAAUCAGUAUGGAUGGGGCAUCUCCAGUUUGCCAGCUAAAACAGUUGGGGACAAGAACAAAGCUCCUGUAUCUGUAAGUAGUUCCCAAUUUCUUCAAUUUCUGGGGCACUAUCCACUGUUGCAGAACACAAUCUUCAAGCAAUUCCACUUCUCUGUUCAUCCCAUCGAGGAGCGUGAUAGAAAAGGAGUUGUAUCUUUCUACCGAGAUGAUUUUAUGUUCAGAGAUACCUACUUCCAAACCAGACAGUUCUCUAAUUUUGAAGAGCAAAGGUUCAUUUUCAAUCCGUGGCUUCCGUCAUUCCCCCAAGGGCAUCAACGAAGUUCUCUCUGAUGCUGAUUUUGUUUUUUUGGUUGAUAAUGCAUUUCAAAGAUGGAUAUCUGAUUUGGGUGCGUCCAACCUCAAGGUACUGAAAGGCUGUUGGAUAGAGAGAUGCAGAGAAAUGGAGUGUGUUUUUCAUGAAGAAGAGGUAGAAGAAAUAGUGAAACUAGAAAGUUUAGAGGUCUUAUGGGUUUCAAUUUCUGUUAAUUUGAAGGGUAUAUACUGUGGGAGCUGGCAAAGUAAGACCUUUCAAAACCUUAAGCAUCUGUAUCUAGACUGUUGUCCGAAGUUGUCGAUUGUCUUCUCUUCUUCCCAGCUGCCAAUAAACCUUCUAGUCCUUCAUAUUAAGUUUUGUGAUGAAUUUGAGGCUGUGUUUGAACAUGCAUCACCCAAGCCUGAGUUGCCACAUUUGAACACAUUGUAUCUGUGGGACUGGCCAAAUUGAAGAGGAUCGGGAGUGCAUUGCCACCUCCGCUAACUCCAAAAGUUUGGGGAUGCCCAAAUCUAGCGGACUUCCAAGAAAAUGUCAAAUUGGCCAGAAGUUCAUAGACUCUGUAUUCCCUACUUUGCUGAGAUUAUUUCCAGUGUAAUCUCGCAAUAAAGUGGAGAGUGCAUUUGGAGGCAGCAUCUUUGUGAUCAUACUUCGCCAUAUCACGCGCUGUAUCUUCAGGAAUUGCUGAAAUUGGCAAUCUAGUCGGGACUGAAUUGCAGCCAUCUCUAAUAUUAGAUCCUAUUCUCCUGGGAAGAAAUUGACUUGAGAAAGGAAAUUAGAAGGCAGAUGAUAAAUUCCUUGCAAUACUGAACAACUCUGACCUUUGUGUGUACAAUAUCUCACUUCAGUGGUGUUGCUGCCACAAGAAGCUACUUUGUGUGUGGAGUGUAGCACACAACACAAGCAUGGGUUUUGGAGCAAACAACAGCUGGAUCACUUCCUAGUCAGAGCUAGCUGGUGGAAAUUACUUGAUCAACUCAAAGCUUUUAAUUUUGUCACAAACUCAAAUACUUGGCUGGUCCAUUAGUCAAUUCAACUUGAAUCUCAUAUAUGUGGAAUUUUAGUAAAUUUUUAUAUGUAUUUUAAAUGUGAGACAAAAGAGGGACCAUUUUUGGGAUGAUGAUAAGAUACCAUACACAUUUGUAUUAGACAUUUAUA